AUGUCUUCUGCACCUGUAUCUUACGCUGCAGUUGCUGCUAAGGACUCUAAGGAGCCCUCUUCUUCUUCUUCUUCUUCUUCUUCUCCUUCUUCACCUGCUGUUACUCCUGUAACAACAAACCUUGCUGCUCCUUCUGCUGCUUCUCUGGAUGCCUCUGAGGCCUCUACUACUACUACUACUACUACUACUACUACUACUACUACAGAAACCACCGCUACUUCCGUUGAUGUAACUGCCACUUCUACCGCAGAUGAAUCAUCAACUGAAUCUCCAUCCCAAGAUACCCAAUCACAGACUCCUGAAUCGUCUGUUGAAACUUCUGCUGAAGCUUCUUCUUCCACAACUACUACUACUACUUCCGAUCCCACAACAGAUGCCUCUCCUGAAUCUGAAGCCUCGGAUGAAACCACCUCACAAACCAAUCCAUCGGAUUCCCAGGAUGCCAUCCCAAGUAUAACUAAGGACAAGGCUGCUGUCUUGACCCCAGCCCCUGUCCCAAAAGUCAACGUUUGGAAAGUUAGACAAGAAACUCUAUCUAAACCUUUGGAUGAUCGGUCCGCAGAUGAAGCCAACCAGUCAUCCUCCUCAGCCCCUCAAAGUGCAGAAAACUCUGCCACUUCUACUCCAUUGCCACAAUCACAAUCUCCUCUCAUUGCAGCACAAGGCGAUUUGCCAUUUGAUCCCGUUUCUUGGCCAAAGCCAGACGAAACCCCCUCCACCUCAGAGAAGAAGGAACCUGGAGCACCAGCUUCUCCCGUUCCUGCUCCUGUCCCCUCUUCUAAGACUAGAGGUGGCAAAGAAAAGUGGAUCCCUCUGAAUAUUCAACCUUCAUCUUCAAAACCUAGAGGCAAUAAAAACUCCCGCUCAGGUAACACCAAGAACUCACACAAUAACAAUCACAAUAACAACAACAAUGCCAGCAAUAAUAAUACCAAUAAUAAUAACAACAACAACAACAACAACAACACAUCUGCCAUUACCUCUUCUUCAAAUAACACUCAGCCUCAGUCUGCUUCUAAUGCUGCCCCUUCUUCUUCCUCUUCUUCUUCUACAAAUUCCACCCCUGCAUCCGCUACUUCUGCCGGCUCAGCCAAUGGCAGCGCUCCUCAAGGAUCCGGCUUCUCUAAAAACCGAAGUAGUAAAUCUUUUAACAAAAACUCCCAAGGCGGGAAGCGAUCCGCUGAUUCUAAAUCAAGCGCAGCAACAAAGUCCCAAUCUUCAGCAUUCUCCACAUCCCAAGCCUCUUCUAACGGCUCCCAGUCUCGCUCCGAGACUUCUACCGCCGAUGCUGGCGCCUCUUCUCCUUCUAUUAAGAAGUCCUCCUCUGCUGCUGCUGCUGCUUCAGCUGCUGCUGCUUCAGCUGCUGCGUCCUCUACUGCUGCUUCUACUAAUCUGACAUCUUCCAAGCCCACCGGUGGGCCCAAGAAGAGCCGCGGUCCUUUUAACAAUAACUAUGCCCAUGCUGCUGAUAAUCACGAUGGAUCAUCCUCCAACUUUGGAGGUGCUAACCACCACCAUGCUCCCAAUGGUUUCCAUGGCAACAAUAGUAACCACCACUCUCACUCCCACUCUCACUCUCAUGCCAACGGCCACAGUGGUCACCACUCCCAUAGAAGCAACAAUGCCGGUAACGCUACCGGUGGUGCCAACGGUAACUCUAACGGUGGCGCCAAUGGCAAAUACAACAACUCCCAAUACGCCGGUAACUCUUACAGCACUAGACGGGCGCAUGGCGGUCCAUACAUUCCCAAGUUUUAUGUCAAUGAGUACAGCUAUGGCCAACCCUAUUCUGGCAAUAUAAUUCCUCCCACUUAUGAGGCUACCAUUCAGCUCGUUGUUGCUCAGAUUGAGUACUACCUUUCCGUUGAAAACUUGUGCAAGGAUAUCCAUCUGAGAAAAAACAUGAACUCUCAAGGUUGGAUCCCACUGCCGCUCUUGGCCAGUUUCAACAGAAUCAGAUACUUGUCACAUGGUGAUUACAACCUUGUUGUUGAUGCUUGCAAGUCUCUUACUAACUCUGAGUUCAAUGGUACCAAGGUCCGCCCUAAGGUUUGGGAACACUGGGUUUUCCCCGUUGAGGAACGUCUUGCUGAUGGCUGUGAUGAAGAAAGCAACCCUGCUCUUCCUCCUGUUGUCCGUGCUCCUGUUACCCCUGAGGGUCCUAAGCUUGUCUUUAAUGCUGCCGAGGCUGUUCCUUUUAUCCCCAAGUCUGAGGCUGCUACUGCUGCUGUUGCUGCUGCUACUGCCGCUUCUACUGCUACUGCUGAGAAGCCUGCUGAAUCCAAAUAA